AUGGGUACCGGCCGCCGUAUGGGAACGAAGCAGGGAGUCCCUGCACCCCUCGAUGAAUCGAAAAUCUCCUCAUUGAAGAAGCGCAAGGCUGGCGGCGCCGAUGCCCCCAAGGCCGCUCCCAAGCGCCGCAGAUCGGAUGCCGACGAGGCUGCCUCGAAGAAGGCUGCUCCUAAGAAGAAGGUCGCGGCCGCUCCUGCUAAGGUCGAAAAGAAGGCCUCCAAGAAGGCUGUGCCAGUGCCUAUGUCUGACGACGACGAGGAAAUGGAGGAUGAUGAGUUUGGCGAUCUUGAUGGAAUCAGCGAAGGCUCAAUGGAUAGCGACGACCAAGUGGAGGGACUUUCUGACCUCGAGGAUGAUGACUCUGUUGUUGAUUCCGACGAGGAGGGCCACGCCCGUGGCGCCAUGUUCUCCGACGACGAAGACUCCGAUGCCGAAGAAAGAUUGACUGCCGCCAACAUCGAGGGUCUGUCACGGAAAUUGGAUGCUGCCCAGCAAGAAGAGGAAGAGCAAGCCGAGCAGGAGUUGCAGGAGGCACAGAUGCAGACCAACAUCGCUGCACCCGACGUGUUUGCCGAUGAAAACCAGCAGCAGGGACUUGCUCCUGACCUGCAGCUUCUCCGCCAGCGCAUUACAGAUACCAUUCGAAUCUUGGGUGACCUCAAGACACUCGGACAACCAGGAAGAUCGCGCACCGACUACGUUGAUCUUCUGCUCGACGACAUCUGCACCUACUACGGCUACACCCGAUUCCUUGCUGAGAAGUUGUUCAACCUGUUCACUCCCAUGGAGGCCUUUGCCUUCUUCGAAGCUAACGAGACUCCCCGCCCCGUUGUCAUCCGUACCAACACUCUGCGAACCAACCGUCGAUCCCUCGCCCAAGCUCUCAUCAACCGUGGUGUCGUUCUCGAGCCCGUUGGCAAAUGGUCCAAGGUCGGUUUGCAGGUCUUUGAGUCUCCUGUUCCUCUGGGUGCCACCCCCGAAUACCUGGCUGGUCACUACAUUCUCCAGGCCGCCUCCUCGUUCCUUCCCGUUAUGGCUCUCGCCCCCCAGCCCAACGAGCGUGUUCUCGAUAUGGCCUCCGCGCCCGGUGGUAAGACAACAUACAUGUCUGCUCUGAUGCGCAACACUGGCUGCGUGAUCGCAAACGAUGCCAGUAAGCCUCGUGCCAAGGGUCUGAUCGGUAACAUCCACCGUCUCGGCUGCAAGAACACUAUUGUGACCCACAUGGAUGCUCGCACUGCUUUCCCCAAGGCCAUGGGUGGCUUUGACCGUGUUCUUCUCGAUGCUCCUUGCACUGGUACCGGUGUCAUCUCGAAGGAUCCCGGUGUUAAGACCUCAAAGAACGAGCGUGAUUUCCUCGCCAUCCCUCACAUGCAGCGCCAACUUCUUUUGGCCGCCAUUGAUUCUGUUGACCACGCAUCCAAGACUGGAGGAUACAUUGUCUACUCCACCUGCAGUGUGACAGUCGAAGAGAAUGAGGCCGUUGUCCAGUAUGUCCUCCGCAAGCGCCCCAAUGUCAAGAUUGUGGAUACUGGUCUUGGUGGAUUUGGUAGCCCCGGUUUCCUCAGCUACAUGGGCAAGACCUUUGACCCAAAGAUGGCGCUCACUCGCCGCUACUUCCCUCACCGUGAGAACGUCGACGGUUUCUAUGUAUGCAAGCUCAAGAAGACUGCUGUGACCCCUGCGCCUAAGGCGGAAGACGCGGAAUCUCGUUCCGCCGGCCGCAAGAAGUCUCGCAGCGCUAGCGCCUCAGCUGCAUCCUCUGAUGACGAGUCUGUUGACAAGACCCCCAUUGUCGACGAGAACGGACAUGCUGCCGAUUUCGAAGGUGGCGCCUUUAGCGCUUUCGAGGAUCCCGAGGACGCUGAGCGCAUUGCCCGUGCCGAGCGCAACCGUCUGCGUCGCAAGGGUCUCAACCCAAAGGGUGUUCUCAACAAGCCUAAGAAGGCCAAGGCUGAAGCUGAGCAGAAGACCAGCAAGACCGAGGAGCCCAGUCAAGAAGAACAGACUAAGACCGUUGCCUCGAAGAAGUCUACCAAUGAGCCGAAGGGCGAAAAGAAGACCGUCACGAAGGGCAAGGAAGACAAGAAGCCUGUGACCGCCGACCAAGAGGCGAAGAAGCCUGUCAAGGCCAAGGGCGAGAAGAAGGAUAAGAAGUCGGCCAAGAAGGCCACGAAAUGA